CGUGUAUAUAUGCAUUCAUAUAUAAAUAAUUUAUAUCUUUCGUUUAAACAUUUAUCUUUUUUGUAAAAUUUAAAAACAACCACUAUUAUAUUUUACUCAACGUUACAUAUACAUAUAUAUUUAUAUACAUAUAAAUAUACAUAUAUAUAUACAUAUAUAUAAUGUCAACUGCAUCACAAUCGCAGCAGUUGACAAUUUCUCCGAAUAUUGCCGAAAAGGAAAAUCAAGCUCAUGAAUUUGUACGUAAACAUAUUUGGUCAGAAGCUCUUACUUUGUACGAUCAAAUAUUGGAAGAAAACAGAAAACAUGAUACAGGAACAACAACGGAAGCUUUUGGUAAACCCGGACCAAAUUCUCCAAUAAACGAUCAAACUAUUAUAUGUUUUCUUGGACGUUACGAAUGUCUUUUUGAAUUAUCAAAAUAUGAUAAAUGUAUUGUUGAAGGAAAAAAUAUAUUGACAAUUCUAAGUGAUAAAAGUUUGGAAUGUAGUACUACAAUUUCAAGAGUUAGAAGACGUUUGGUGUACGCAUUAUGUCGUUUAAAAAAAUUUACGGAAGCUGAAGAUGCUCUUAAUGAUUGGAUUCAAGAAAUUUCACUCCAACCGUCUUUUAAUGAUAUAUCUAAAACUCUAGAACGUUAUAAGACUCAUGUCAAAUAUGCAAAUGGGUCUUUAGUGUUUAAUAGUAAAGCGCCAAUUAGUUCAAUCAGUGAGAUUGCUGAAAUAAUAGACACCGAAAUUAUAAAAAUAGAUACAAAAUUAGAACAUUGGGCUACAAAUAAUUUACCGUUAGACAAAUAUAGUAAACACUUAACUUUAAAAGGUGUUAAGAAUAAUAUUAAUAGCAUAAGUAAUAAUAAUAACAGUAAUAAUACAAAUAAUAAUAGUAAUAAUAUUAAUAAUAAUAGUAACAAUACUAUUAAUAAUAACAUUAAGCAACAACAACGUGGUGAUAAUAACGGAAACUCUAGUAAUAAUAAUAGCUCCAAUGGUAACAUUGCAAGUAAAAGUGGUAGUUCGAAUAACAUUACUGGUGUUAUAAGUGUACUGCAGAAACCUAAAACAAAUACUGUUAGUUCAGCUUCUGAAUUAAUUAGCAAUCUUAAAUUAAAUGAAAAAGCAAGUGAAAACAGUGAUGGAACAGUUACAUGUUCAUAUUGCGCAAUAACUUUUCAGGACAAAAAUGAAUUAAGACAACAUUGUCAAACUGAAACACACCAAAACGUAAUUAUGUCAGACGAAGGACGAGAUUGGAAAUGGCGGCCUCCACCAAGAGGCUACACAAUAGACUCUUAUAGUUUAUGUGAAAGCUUUUCAGAAUCGCAAAGUUGUCAUUAUGGUAAUCAAUGUGUUGAGGCACACGGGUUAGACGAACUAAAUGAAUGGAAAGAACGUUUCGAAUAUAGAAAAAUGAGGCUUCAAAAAGCUUGUGAAAAAGAGCUAUACGGAAAAAGUUAUACGGAAGAAUUAUUGGAAAAAUGGGGCCAAGCCUCAUCUCCAGACAAAGUAAUGUGUGAAAAAAUUGAUGGGGUAGAAGAACAGUGCUCAAAUGAACUUGUCACAAGUAUGAGUUCAAAAGUAUCCAAACGGGAAUGGGUUUUUAUCCUGAAAAGCCGAAAACACUUAAAGGCUGUUGCAUUGCUACAAGAUGCCCAUAGGAACCAUUUUUCAAUCAAAUCAAUAUGUCCUGGCGAAAAUAAAAUAAAUUUCAUAAAUAAUUGUAAAAAAUCCAAUAAUUCAGGUUCAAAAAAUUCAAAUAACGAAGUUGAACUUAAAUCAGAUCAAGAAUGGAUUUCAAACACAUUUGACAAAACAUUUGUAAAUCUAACAAAAUUCAGCGAAAUAUUGGAACAUAAAAUAAAAAUAACCUUUAAUACAGAAAUAUUCGGCACAUUUCGUCAAUCAGUGUGCUUUGAUUUUGGUACAGAGCCAGUGCUGGUCAAACAUUUAUGUGUAGAUGUUCUUCCAGUAGGUGAUGCCGAAAAAAUUCAAGAAAUUAAAAAAGAUAUAAUAAGCUCUACAGCGCAAAGAUGGGACGAAACCAAUUGCAAUCUAGUAAAAUUCGAGACCACCAUUGGCUCACAUUUAAAGACUGACUCUUAUUUACACGAUCAAAAACUGGAAAAAGAGUUACUUGAAAGGUAUCCAUGUCCCCGUGCUGCUACUUUUACAUUAACGCAAUCAACUAUAAUAGAAAAACGUUUAACUAAAAAUAAUUAUCGUUCGCGUAUUCAUGAACUGUUAUAUGUUGAAGAAAUAGCGCGAUACGAACAAGUAGCAAGAUAUAACUUAACGACUAAACUAAGAAUAACGUCUAGUUACAUGUUAACUCCAAGUGGUAUGGCAACCAGCACUGCAAAAUAUUCACAUUCAGGGGAACUCUUUGGCUUAAUGACUUUAGACAAAGAUAUAUCUGAAGAUACGUCCGCUGGUCGCCUAAUUUUGUCGAAUUGUUUGAGCGUGUAUCUUUCUCCAACUCCAAAGGACGAGCAUCUAAAGAAAAAACGUGAUGUUUUUGAAGCCCUCAUAGAAGAUAAGGGGAAAAACAUGAUGUAUUUAAAAUUGUCAGCCAAAUGUGUGCAGGGAAUGAGUUUAAAAUCGGACACUGACGUUCAAGUGGAUAUUCAAUUUCAAUUGAACAGAUUAUCAUAUUGUGAAUGGCACAAUGCUGUUGACAAAAUCACUGAUUUCAAAAUUAUAUUUCCAGACACAUUUAUAGAACCUAAUAUCCCAUGGACUCCGAAAAAGCAAUGGUCUGAGGUCUGCGAUCCAAAGUUAAACGCUAAACAAAAGGAAGCUGUUAAUGCUAUAACUACUCCAAUAAAUUGUAGUUUACCACCAAUUUUAUUAAUUGGACCAUUUGGUACAGGAAAAACUUUCACAUUGGCGCAAGCGAUUAAGCAAUUAUUGACACAACCGGAGUCAAGAAUUUUGAUAUGCACCCAUUCUAAUUCAGCCGCUGAUUUAUAUAUCAAAGAGUAUUUGCAUCCUUGGGUAGAAAAGGGGAUGAAAGAAGCUGUACCAUUAAGAGUUUAUUAUCAUAAACGAUGGGUAGCUACAGUAAAUCAAGUUGUUCAAAAGUAUUGUAUAAUAGAUCCAUCUUCUGGUAAUUUUAGACGUCCUUCUGUGGAAGAUAUUGUAAAACAUCGUAUCGUUGUUGUCACACUGAAUAUUUCGAUGCAACUAGCUCUUUUAGGGUUACCAAAAGGUUUUUUUACUCAUAUAUUUUUAGAUGAAGCUGCCCAAGCAAUGGAGUGCGAAGCUAUUAUGCCUCUGGCUUUGGCAGGAGAAAAUACCAGAAUUGUUUUAGCUGGUGAUCAUAUGCAAAUGAGUCCAGAACUUUUUUCUAAUUUUGCAAAGGAAAGAAGACUUCAUAUAUCUUUGCUGGAACGACUGUAUGAUCAUUAUCCGUCAAAUUUUCCGUGUAAAAUUUUACUAUGUGAAAAUUAUCGUGCUCAUGAAGCAAUAAUACGAUUUACCUCUGAAUUGUUUUAUGAACAGAAGUUGAUAGCAUCUGGAAAGCAACCAAGACAUGACAGAUUUUACCCACUUACGUUUUUUACAACUCGUGGGGAAGAUGUUCAAGAUAAAAAUUCUACAGCAUUUUAUAACAAUUCCGAAGUAUAUGAGGUAGUGGAAAGAGUGUGCGAAUUACGAAAAAAAUGGCCCAGCUCUUGGGGCAAAAUAAAUGAUUCUAGUAUCGGUAUAAUGACACCAUAUGCUGACCAGGUAUUUCGAAUUCGAUCUGAGCUGAGAAAAAGACGCAUGCCCGGUAUUUCAGUUGAAAGAGUUCUCAAUGUACAAGGUAAACAAUUUCGAGCCGUGUUUUUAUCGACGGUACGUACUAGGCGAACAUGUUUGCCAUCAAACUCCUUAAACAACACCGUAAUUAAUACUGAUGAUGCUGAUUAUGGAUUUUUGAGCAAUUCUAAGCUCUUAAACACGGCAAUAACCAGGGCUCAAAGUCUUGUAGCCGUCGUAGGUGAUCCAGUAGCGCUUUGCUCUAUUGGACGAUGCCGUAAAGUUUGGGAACGUUUUAUAGAUAUAUGCAAUCAAAAUAAAUCAUUAUUCGGAAUAACAUGGUCAUUCUUACGAUCUCAACUAGAUGGUGUGGAAUUAAAAAGAAGUUACAUUUUAAAUCCUUUAGCUCCAGAAUUUAUUCCAAGAGCUCUUCAACCAGAAGCGUAUCUUAACAAGCAAGCAGCAAUGUAUUUAAUGUCCAGUGGUACAGUAGGCGGUCACCAAUCUUCCCAUCAAAUGCAACAACAACAACAACAUCACCACUAUCAACAGCAACAACAACAACAUCAUCAUCAUCAUCAUCAUUCUAUGCAUUCGCAGCAGUCACAACAGCAAAGUAACCAAAUUUCUUCGAUGUAUGGAACAAAUCAUCAUUAUGGAAUGAUGAAUCAGAAUAAUGUUUCGAUUCCUCCACAACAGCAUAUUGUGCAAAAAGGAUCCCACCAACAAUUGAAUAAUAAUAAUCAUCAAAUGCCAAUUCGUCCGCCACCGACUGCUGGUCAACCCCCUCCACAACAGGGAUACAAUUUACAUGGUCCUCAAAAUAAUAUAAAUAAUGCCCAACAAUAUUCAUCUUACAUGAUGUGGUCUCAACAACAACAACAACAGCAGCAGCAGCAGCAACAACAGCACUCCACUAAUCAAAUGAUUCGGCCAAAUUAUGUUCCUCCUCAACAUCCAAAUCAAUCCCAGCCUCAAUCCAUUCACCCAGCUCAUCCUGUUUCAAAUCAACAAAAUCAAGGUAAUAAUCCGAACGCUUCGCUUUGGGGACCACCCCCUCAAAAUAAUCCUUGGGUAGUGCCGAAAACAUCGGUCAAUCAACCACCAAGUAUGCGUGGUCCACCUGGAUUAAAUAAUACAGGCGGUGUAAUGCCACAAGCAACAACCCAAUUAGGUCAAAAUUCUGCGCCACAACCAAUCAACAUGAAUUUGAAUAUACGUCCAAGUGGAAGUUCCGGAGGUCCUCCUAUGUUGGGACCAUCUCAACAGGCUUCAAAUCAUCUCUCGUCUGUUAAUCCGGCAACUUCUACUAAUCAGUCAAAUUCAUUGCGAAAUUCACAUGAUUUAAGUGCUAUGAAUAAAUAUAUGUAUCAGAAUUCUUCAAAUCAUAUUGGACCAUCUUCAAGUUUUCAAAGUAACCAAAAUUCUUUAGUCAUUAACCAGUUGCGAAAUCAAUUACAAACUCAUCAGCAAACUAAUGGUCCGGCCAGUCCCGCUGCUAUGCAGGCCGCUGCUGUAGCUUUAUUGGCUGCUCAACAACAGCAGCAACAACAGCAACAAAAUCACUUAGACAACCUUUUAAGACCUAAUCAUAUAAGUCAAACAACAGUCGGUAACACUUUACUCAACAAAGAAAAAGAUUACCAGUUUUUAAACAACGUUCACAAUAUUCCAAUGAACUUAAAUAAUACAACUCCACAGAUAGCAAACCAACAACAUUUACAUCAACAAAAUUUACCUCAAUAUCAUGAUUACAGUUUCUUACUACCACCUAACAUGAAUUUUUAUGACAUGGCCUUUGAAGCAAAAGAAUCACAGUACAAGUGGUAUUUGAGACUUCUAGAAAUGCAUGGCCAAGAAGCUGCUAAUAAAUUUACAGAAAUUUUAAAGCAAGUAAUGUGUUAUACCCACAAUAAAACUAAUUCAAUACCAGCAGUAACAUCAUCAUCAUCCAAUAAUUUUGUUAAUCAAAGACAAGCUGGAUUAAUGAAUACAACAAAUAUGAGUAAUCACGGAGCAAAUAUAGUAAACAACUCCAAUAAUUCUUCUGCAAUCAAUGCCAAUGAUAGCACCAAUCCCAAUUUUUAUCAACAAAUCGAUUUGGUAUUUAAUUCAUUGAUGAACGGGAACGAAAUCAGUCAGCCGAUUUUAAGAGACCUCUUAGGAAUGACUGGCAACGAUUCAAACAACCAAAACAAUAGUGUUAACACGAGUAUUCCAAAUAUGAAAAACUACUCACAGCCACAAUCUGUUGUGCAGCAAAAUCAAAAAAAUAUUGGAAUUUCUAUGUAUUCAAAUAAUGCAAACUAUUUGAUGAACGGCACCGAAUUAGGACUAUCUACAACAACAAGUCGUGAACAGUCGGUGCCAUUAUAUCGAAGACAUGCCUUGGGGAGCAGUAACAGCAGUGGUAUUGCUGGAAGUAAUAGCAGUACCAGUAGUAUCGGAACUAUAAGUAAUAAUAGCAGCACAAGCACGGAUUACCAUAGCUCAACAUCAUCUAAUAACCAAUCAAUAUCUUCUUCAACACCAGAUAAUUUAUUAGAAAACAAUAAUUUAGCAAAUUGUGCUAAUAAUUUAACUGCUGGAUCGAACUUAUAUGAAGCAUUAUUCAAUACGACUGAUAUUUCGCCGUAUAGCAACGUGAAUUCAAUACAAAAACUAUUUUAUAAUUAUUCUUUUAAAAAUGAAUGCGAUUUAUUACUAGCAAAUAAUGUGUCGGCUUCUGGCCAUACUAGGAAUACUUUAACAGUUUCAAAUCAAAUACAACACCAAAAUCAACAAUCACACCAAUCUCAACAGCAACAACAACAGCAACAACAACAUCAACAGCAACAACAGCAGCAACAACAGCAACAGCAACAACAACAACAUCAUAACCAAAAUCAACAGCUUCCUCAUCCUCCGCAACAGCAUACAACUUAUGCAGCAGUUCUAAGCCAAGGUGCCGUUGCUACACAACAACCGCAGCAGUCAUCACAACAGACAUCUCAGCAACAAAAUCAUAAUAAUACUAAUAAUACUGUUUCAGAAGAAAAAGACCCAUUCGCUGCGAUUCGAGAGCUUGGUCAAAGGUCUAAUGGAUUUUAUAAUUACUUUCAAUAAGUAUUUGAAUUUUAAAUUCAGUUUUAUAUAAAGUAAAAGGGAAGUAUUAGUUACAGAAAGUUUUGUAAAAAAGGAAAAACAUUAUUUGAUAAAUUAAGUAAGGCCUUGUGAGUUUGCUACGAAUUUUAAGAAUAAACAUAUUAAAAUUAACACAAAUAAGAAAUACUAAAGGAAAAUAAAAAAAAAAAAAUGAACAAAUGUCUGCCUCAGUGAAAAUUAUGUAAAUAUUAAUAAGAAUAAUUUUUUUAUACAUAAAACAUCAAAAUAAUUGAAAAAUACAAAAAAAAAUUAAAAAAUACCAAAAAACUAAUUAAAAAAAAUAUAUAUAUGUAUGUAUAUCUAAUUUUUAAAAAUAUAAACACAUAAAAAAAAAGGAAUCAAUUAGAAAUAGAUAAAUAAUAAAUUAAAGAAAAAUAUUCUAUAUUUAUAAAUUUUCCUUACAUAUUAAACUUAUUUUAGGCAUAUUUCUGUUGUAUUUAUGUACACAAACAUUUAUAUAUAUAUAUAUAUUUACAUAU